CUAUCUCCCGCUAAAUUUUCCCGCCACACUGUCGAAUUUUUGCCUAUAAAAGCAGGCAUCGCUACUCUGGAUUGCACAAGUUCUUGUAUCUCUAUUUUAUCCCGUUUGCUCACCCUUAGCCAUCAUGAGUGUGCCUUGCUCUGACCAGGACUUUAGGCCGGCGAAGGCGAAGGCUGCAAGUUUGCCCCCGGGUGUGACUGCGGAGCGGUGUUGGUGCGGCCGUCUUGCAAAGGUUAUGCAGGUGGAGGAUUUCUCCGACUGGUUCGGCAUGAAAUUUUUCAUGUGUGCGAGCUAUGAGCAUGAUCCACCCCGUAGUUCAGCUUCGUCGUCCACCAGGCCGCCGUCUCCCCCGCCCCUAUGCAAAUGGUUUCACUGGAUAGACACGGAGCAGUCGGAUUGGGCGCGUCAGGAGGUUGAGGAGAAACACCGGCGUGCGUGGGCAACGUUCUUUGAGGAGGAGCGUUGGGAAAAGGUUCGUGCUAAUGAAAAAGCAGAGCGGGAGAGGCAGAUACAGAAACUUAGGGGCGGAACAAGCUCGUAA